AUGAGUGUAGCAGAGUCUGAAGAGCUUACCAGGCAAUUGCAACACCAUGAGUUUGUGGCUGCAACAGAAGGAUCAAGAGAAAUGGGGAGACUGGGAGGCAGUUGUGAGAUAGGAGAUGCUGCAGAUGCUGAUGAGCCUGAGGACGAAUAUGACUCAGAUGCAUUAAUAGACCCAAUUCUUCGCAAUGAUAGCCAGCGGAGGCAGCACAAACGACAAGACUCCAUACCUGCCUCAGAAGACAAUAGAAGACAGCCCAGCAGCUCCUCUCUGAUGUCUCCCAUGUCCUUGACAUGCCCUCGACCACCUGUAAACCCAGCCCAGCCAUUCAUUCCAUCGGGGAGAACAUCAACUGCAGCAGCCUCUCGUGGCCCGUCCACAACUCCAUCUCAACCAGCAUCGACAGUGCCAUCUAUGCGGGGGUCCACACCACUUUCCAAUGCCUUUAGCAGCCAUGGGACAUUGGCCACUCCAGCGAGUAGCAUCUUCAAAUUAACACAGUGUCAGCACCCAGUGCAACCUUCAAAGACGUCUCAGGCAACUGCAAACCAGUCAUUCCAAACACCAGACUUACCUUUGGCUCUGAGAGCUGGCUUUUCAACUGCAAGUGACUCUGUGCCACGCCAUCCAGGAGGUCCUCCACAUACUGCUGCGAGAGCUCCCAGUACUGCAUUCUCCGAUAAAUUGGCCAAUCUUGAUGCUCUUGUCCAGAAUCUUGAACAUCAUGCCAAGAUUGAUGAGCUCAAGAAUACUGUUAAUGCACAGAGUACAUUAUUGGAUGAACUUCUCACCUUGAUCAAUGACCGUUGCAGCUUUGAUAUUCUUGGUCUGUCCACCAAAUCUGUUGAUAAGGCAACAAAAGCCGUGCACAACAAUGUUUUCAAUGCUGCUGUUAGACAUACAUUUCUGCACGCCAUGGGUAUAUCAGAUUCAAAACAGGCUGCAACAUUAGAGCCACUCAAGCAAGAUACCUUUUGGCUAGAAUGUCCAACACAAGGAGCAGCAGUUCUCCAUCCCAACUUUGGAGGUUCAUAG